AAUAAGCGCAGUCGCGAAAUCAAAACAGAAGAAACCGAGAGAACGAGACGAAAGAGAGAGAUCUCUUCAGUCUUCUGCUGACCGUAGAAGAGCGAAGACCAAGCGCUUGAACGCGAUUUCUAGGGUUUUAACGCGCGCGCGCGCGUCUCAAAGUCAUUCCUUAGUUUAAUAAAAGGUGCCAAGAUGGUUGCACAAGAAUUUACCGUGGACUUGAAUAAGCCUCUUGUUUUUCAGGUGGGCCAUCUCGGAGAAGCUUAUGAACAAUGGGUCCACAAACCUAUUAGUAGCAAGGAAGGCCCACGUUUUUUUGAAAAUGACAUCAUGGAGUUCUUAACUCGGACUGUAUGGUGGGCUGUACCAACCAUUUGGCUGCCAGUUGUGUUCUAUUUUGUGGCCUUGUCCAUACAAAGAGGGCUUACAUUACCUCAACUAGCUACAAUGAUAGGGAUCGGAAUAAUUUGUUGGACAUUGAUCGAGUAUAGUUUGCACCGGUUUCUUUUCCACAUUAAAACAAAAACUUACUGGGCAAAUACAGCACAUUAUCUUAUCCAUGGGUGUCAUCACAAGCAUCCUAUGGAUGGUCUACGCCUCGUUUUUCCCCCUGCUGCAGCAGCUAUUCUUUGUGUGCCGUUCUAUAACCUGAUUAAGCUCCUGGCAACUGAUUCUACUACCCCUGCAUUAUUUGGAGGUGGCUUGUUUGGUUAUGUUGUGUAUGAUUGCACUCAUUAUUACCUACACCAUGGACAACCAUCCAAAGAUCCAGCAAAAAGUCUCAAGCGCUAUCAUAUGAACCAUCACUAUAAAAUUCAAACCAUGGGCUUCGGAAUUACUUCUUCAGUGUGGGACAGUGUUUUUGGAACUUUGCCACCAUCAUCUGGGGGGAAAUCUUCAGGAAAGAGCAGCUGAUCGAUUCUCUUAUUGUUUACCCAAAUUGAAGAAUUAUCUGGGUUGUGUUAGGCUUGUAAUUUCAUUGACAGUCAUCGUGGUAUAGUUUGUGGGAGAUAUAGCUCUAUGUACCUAUUUAAUUCCCAUUGCAAAUUGCUCCCUUGCAACAUUUUUUUUAGCUGUGUUCUUUCCUGUUUUCUGCAUGUAUUUUUAUGUCAGAAUUAGGUUGUUCUUAUUGUACAUGAGAUAGCAGCCUAGCUACUGUCUUCUUUGCUCUUGUAGCUGUAGCCUUAGUUAUUCUUUGGUAAAAAUCAUUAUGGUCUGUUAUAUUUGUAGAGCUCUAUUUAAUCCAUAAUCACUGGGAGAGUAAUGGCCGAUUAUUUAUGGUUAAUAAGAACGGGUCAUUUGUCCACUGCA